CUCUCAGCUUCAUUACGAAGAUGAUAGAAAGGCGGAGAUCAUGAAUAGCACAUACAGCAAACAGGGCUGAGAUAUCUGUUGCCAAAGGUUGGAGAGCAUGGUGUUUUUCAAGAAGAGAGGCCAAAUCCGGCCGUCGUCAAAAAUGGGACAGUCCAUAAAUAGUUCCAUGGGGUCCAUGACGCCGUCCCAACUUAACACUCUCAUCAUGGACAUGCUGAGUCUGCCUCAAUCGGAGAACGCCUGCAAGACACUGUGUAGAGACAACCCAAUUACCAAUUCUGGAAAACGAAAGCAGCUGUUGAAAAUGCUAUUGAUUGUGCUCCUCCCCAUGGGAAUCCUGGUGGGAAUGAUGUCCAAUGUGUUUGUUUCCGUCCUGAAGAACUAUGUCGAGUCGUCUGAAAUCCGGAGUUCUCUGUUCUUCUCUAUCGAGCUCGGUCAAAUGAUGAGAUAUCUGCAAAGAGAACGCGAUAUGAGCGCCCUCUAUGUAAGCGCCAUUGGUAUGGAGACCAAGAACCUACUACUUCGACGGUACCCAGAAACUGACGCGGCGGUCGACAACAUGUCGUACUGGCCGGUCAGGAUGAGUAACAAGCGUUUCGAAUUUCAGUCUAAGGACAAAUUCCUGCUGUACCUCAACCGACAUAGGUAUCAGCUGGACCAGAUGCAAAACAGAACCUCAAAACAGGAGAUCGAGUUCUACACCAGCCUGAUAGAUGUGUUCAUCUUGUGGCUGUACGAAAGUGUGUCCGAGUCCCGGAGCGGUGCGAUAUGGAAGACGUUGGUAGCCUAUCAGGAGAUUAUCGUAGCCAGUGAACACAUCGGACGAGAACGAGGCUUAGGCGUGACCUAUUUUGCAAGAGGUGGAUUUGAUACCAAAGAGGAUUACUUACUUUUUUUGGAAGCUCAAAUCAACUCCAAUAUCAGUUUUCAAUCUUGUAAACGCUACUCUGAACUUGCAUACCAGAUGCAUGAGGAACAGCUUAAAAGUAAGAAUAAACUGCUGGUCCAGAUAACCAACCUGAGAUUGAUGAUACGCUCCAACAAGAGCAGCAUCCAACUAAACGCGUCUCUUGAAAUGGCCAAUUACUGGUUUGAAAACAUGACCUACUAUCAGGAGACAGUCAGAGAAACACAGAAGAAACUGGCAGAGAAAAUCGACAAACAGCUGACAAUCCGAGAAAACGAAGACCUGGAGGUAAUCGUGUCGAUCAGUUGUAUCUUUGCUGCUGUUAUGAUCAUCUGUCCAUUGGUAGUUACUGGCGUCUACAAGUUAACUGUCCAGAUACAAAACUACUCAGUGACUAUUGCAAACAGAACAAAGGCCUUGAACAAAGAGAAAAAGAGAACUGACACUUUGCUCUACCAGAUGUUACCUAAGUCGGUGGCAGAGCGACUGAAGAGCAAUGAAGUGGUAGAGGCUGAGCACUUUCCAGAGGCGACCAUCUUCUUUAGCGACAUCGUGGGCUUCACUAAAAUAGCAUCCUCAAGCUCACCAUAUCAGGUGGUCGACAUGUUGAACAAUCUGUACACGUGCUUUGAUGGGAGGAUAGAUAUGUAUGAUGUGUACAAGGUGGAGACCAUAGGUGACGCCUACAUGGUUGUUUCGGGUGUCCCUCGUCAGAACGGAAAUCGACAUGCCGCGGAAAUAGCGUCCAUGGCGCUAGACUUGGAGCGCACUGUCAAGGACCUGGAAAUUCCUCAUUUGCCCGGGAUGACCUUCAGUCUGCGUAUUGGUUGCCAUACUGGCCAAGUGGUAGCAGGUGUCGUGGGAACUAAGAUGCCAAGAUACUGCCUCUUUGGCGAUACUGUCAACACAGCUUCUAAGAUGGAGUCCUUGGGAAAGGCGAACAAGAUUCAUAUCAGCCAGACGACAUACGAUAUUCUGCUAUCCAUUGGCGGAUUCAAGAUGACGGAACGUUUGGAUGAAAGUGUUCAGGAGGACCUGGAUUUAAAAACUCACUUUAAGGGAACUUUUCACACUUACUGGCUUUUGGGAUCCAUGAAGUUUCCCGCCGACGAGAGAUCAACAAUGUCUGAUGAUCAAAGCAUGGAUAUGGAUUAUUAAACGUUAACAUUUUUUAUUUGACUGCGACCACAUGUUUCUGAGAAAUACGUGAGGGCAGGGAAAUUAUUGGAAUGAUAUAUACCCUCAGCUUAAGUUCUAACAUUUGCAAUGUCAAUAUCAAAUAGUUUUUCGUUUCAUUUCAUAUGUUUUGUCAACAUUUUUAAAACACUUUGUUGAAAUUGAUAUUAGUUUUCAUUAGUUUUUGUAUAUAUAACUAUAAAAAGUGUGUAUUCAUUUUUAAUUCAAUCAAUUUGUGUUUUUGUACAUACAUUUAUAUAAUUAUCGCUCUAUUUAUAAUAAUGUGAGCUAAAAAAACAAGUCCAUUGUGUAUAUAUACUAUAGUUUCUUUUUGAAAAUGUUUGAAAAUGCAUUUGAUUCUGUGUUCACUUUUUUAAUCGGAAAAGCCUUUUGCAUAAAGCUACCUUUGCACAAUUAGAAUUGCUUUCUGAAUGUUAUAUGUUU